UUUAGUUAAUUUCUCAAAACAUUUGAUGUGUAAACGCAAGAGGAAGACAGAGCUGCGAUUCUCAGGACACAUCCGGCCACACAAAGCGACAAGCACAUCUUUUAGAAAUAGACAAGGCGCCUGGAAAAGAAAAAAAUAAAGUCGUAAUAACGCGUUAAUAGAGGGAAUAAGCGAAAGCCAGGGCUGUAUUUGUCUAUUCAUCGACUGAGGUAGGAGUCGUGUUGAACACUCGCACAUACAGAACCUGGUGCCUAUUAUUUCUUGCAUGGAGCCUGUCCAAUCAGAGAUGAGCAUCCUGGUUAACGGGAAAGGUCAUGACCUUGGGGACGAUAUGAAUGUGCCAAUGAAGACAAUAGCAGAGGAAGACCCAAAUGGCACUCAAAACAGAUAUGAUGAUCCUGAUGGAACCCUGGCUGAAAAUGUGGAGUUUCUGCCUGGCGGUGAGGGCAAAAAGCCACGUUUCACUGAUUUUGAAGGAAAGACCUCUUUUGGCAUGUCCGUCUUCAAUCUCGGCAAUGCUAUCAUGGGCAGUGGGAUUCUGGGUCUGGCUUAUGCUAUGUCCAACACCGGCAUCAUCCUCUUUUUGUUCCUCCUCACAGCAGUUGCUAUUCUUUCAUCCUACUCCAUUCACCUCAUGCUAAAAGCCUCUGGUGUUGUGGGAAUCAGAGCCUAUGAGCAGCUGGGUUUCCGGGCUUUUGGGACACCUGGCAAAAUGGCAGCUGGAAUUGCUAUAACACUGCAGAACAUCGGAGCUAUGUCCAGCUACCUGUUCAUCGUCAAGUCUGAGUUUCCUCUGGUCAUCCAGGCCUUCUUGCAGGCAGAUGUCAACUCUGGAGAGUGGUAUCUGAAUGGCAACUAUCUGGUGGUACUGGUCUCUGUAUCUGUGAUUUUGCCUUUGGCCCUCAUGAAGCAGCUCGGUUACCUUGGGUACACCAGUGGCUUCUCUCUCAGUUGCAUGGUUUUCUUCCUCAUUUCAGUCAUUUAUAAGAAAUUCCACAUUCCUUGCCCUUUCGAGGAGUUCAUGGCCAAUAACACAGCCGUCCACAUGCUCACGACCGAGUUACCGUUGACCGACAGUCAUCAUGAUGCACACAUGGUGGACGAUGCACAGUGCACGCCCCAAAUGUUCACAAUCAACUCUCAGACUGCAUACACCAUACCGAUUCUUGCCUUUGCCUUUGUGUGCCACCCGGAAGUGCUGCCCAUCUACACUGAGCUGCGCAACCCAUCUAAAAAGAAAAUGCAGCAGGUCUCCAACAUCUCCAUCUUCAUUAUGUACGUCAUGUACUUCCUGGCUGCCCUGUUUGGCUAUCUGACCUUCUACGAAAACGUUGAGGCCGAGCUGCUGCACACCUACAGCAAGAUUGAACCCUACGACACUCUGAUCCUGUGUGUGAGAUUGGCUGUGCUCACCGCCGUCACACUGACUGUUCCGAUCGUGCUGUUCCCUGUGCGCCGGGCCAUUCAGCAGAUGAUCUUCCCCAACAAGACGUUCAACUGGAUCCGUCACAUCAUCAUCGCCGUCACCCUCCUCACCUUCAUCAACAUGCUCGUCAUCUUUGCACCGAACAUCCUCGGAAUCUUUGGAAUUAUCGGUGCUACCUCUGCUCCCUGCCUCAUCUUCAUCUUCCCUGCUGUCUUUUACAUCCGCAUCGUCCCCAAAGAAGAUGAACCCAUGCGCUCCAAAACUAAAAUCCUGGUGAGCUGCUUUUCAGGCAUCAGUUGGAAGAGCUUGUGGUUCUUGUAGAAACCCUUGGCUGCCUGUUUUGCUGGUUUGGGUGUGCUGUUUAUGACGAUGAGUUUGAGCUUCAUCAUCAUUGACUGGACUACAGGAAGCAGCAAUUCUGCUGGUGGCCACUAGAGGAGAGUUCAAGUUUGUUUGUGUGUGUGUAUGUGUGUGUGUGUGAGUGAUAAGGAGAGUGUGUAUUGACAAAAAUUAAUGUUAUAUAGCAGGUUGAGCGAGGCUCAACUGAAGCACAUUUUUGUAUAUUUCUUUUUUUUUUUUUUAGUCUAGCACCAAACACACCUGAACCAGGUUUCCAACACACUUUAAAUAAAAACAAAAACAAAAAAACAGGGAAACUGAAAUAGAAAUGAAAAUGGUAGUGGAUGAGGGCUGUAAAGGGCAGGGAUUGGAAGCUUUGGGGUUCAGGGUGUAUUAGAUUCCCAAGAUUUGAGGAGAAAAACUAGCAGGGUGAUUGCCUUGAAUUGCUGUUUGAGAGAACUUGCCAUGACUCUGAAUCAUCAGGUUUCAAGUUUCAGAUAAUUCAGUGUUAUCUAUUUUUUAAGGUAUCCUCACCUGCCUUUCAGAACGCUCUAGUCUUGUUUUUUUUCUUCAUGCUUUCUCCAACUGCCAAAACUUUUUUAUUCUCAUUUUAUUCUAACAGAUCUGCAGCUAGCUCUGUAUAAAAUAAAAUAUUGCAAUGUUUCUGACAGUUAUCAUAGAUAAUAAUAAUAACAAUAGGAAGAAGUUGAAACGAUUUAUAUGUGUACUUUUUUUAUUAAGUCACCCAUAGGUGUGACAUGGUAUAGAAAGUUUAGUAAUGUACGUAUAGACACUUUAGUUUAGUUUUGCAGAAUGAAGGAUUGCAUAAAGGUGGAGUCACAUGUUGGAAGCUGCAGGCUGUUCCCCAAAAAGCAAACUAUUCAUUAGUAGUAGCUUUGGCAUUCCUUUCUUUAAUGCUCUUAUGUGUUAGCGUUGAAUAUUUGAGGAGUGGAUGCAUGCAUGUUUAUAGACCAAUAUCAGCUGCUGUUAGAGAAACAGGUCUGUGGUGCUGUUGUCAUCUUAAAUAUAUGACACUGGCACUCGUACUCAUAAAAUAUAAAAGUUCCUCCAGUAUCUGCAAAGUGCACAGUAUGAUUGGAGAUUCACACAUACAUAAACAAUAAGUUAAGAAAUAUUUAUUCUGAUGUAUGAAAUAUUUUUUUAAGUCCGCUCCACGAAAGUGUGUAGGGGGUAUUUAACCAUAUAAUCAUUUUCAGUAUUCAGAUGAAGUAUGCAGAAGGUUUAUGAAGAAGUAUCUUGUAAAUAUUGACGGCGAAAUGUGUGCAGAUCACACACGAAGCUACUCUCAUGAAUUACGACAGUGUAAAACAUGUAGGAAUAACUUGUUUGUGUAUUUUGUAUGGAUUAAACAAAACCUCACCUCCUCUUUUCUUCCUGUACCUGUGCUGUUUCGAGGUGUUUCAUGUGACUUGUGCCUUAUUGACAUUCUCAGUAAAGGAUAGUCUUUGCGUGAUUAGCGCUAGUUGUGUAAAGUUGUGUUCUGAAAUGUUCUUGGUGUCUUGGGCUUUUCUUUUUGUGUUGGGGGCAGAAACAUUGACUGAGCACUUACGCAGUGUUGGAUAUCCGUAGUGUCGGGUCAAAGGUGCCAUUUAAAAAGGGCUCUGUUUAAAUGUGUGUGUGUGAAAUUUACAUCGCAACAAAGUUGUGAAGUAAAAGCAUUAUACUUUAACAAACUGACAUCUGUUUAUAGGAUAAACAGCAACUAAUGGCUGUAGCUAUGUUCAUACAACUAAAAACAAACUAAUGGCUAUAGCUAUUUUCAUACAGAUGCAUUUACGCCAAGUGGUAUACGGCAAAACUGGUUUGAAUGGUAUUAAAUAAUUUUAUGCUUGCUUGAUGUAAUGACAAAAAAACCUAUUUUGACUCUUUGCUGCUGAGAAUGACUAACAGACGCUGCAUUAUUUUGAAAAAGGUCUAUGUAAGGUCUAUAUAUAAAAGUGUAUGUAUUAAAGCAAUUUAGUAUUAGUAUGAAAGUCCUGUGAGACCAGUUUCUAGACUUACAAUGCAACCAGUCAAACUGUUAGCGCCAGUCAUAGUGGCAGUUCACAACGGAUUAUCCUCAUCACUUUACUAUUAACAUUAGACCAGUUAGUGUGGCAAAGCAUUCACAUUGUACUGUUCUUAUUUAAAACUUUUAUUAUUUACAAUGAAUAUAUUAAUGAUAAGCAUUAGUUUACUGUUCAUUUUAAAGCGUUUGUUUUGAUUCUAUCUCGAUAGGCCUCUUGUUAAGAUGUUAACUUUACCUAAUCACUUCUGCAUACCAAAGCUGCUCUUUCUGAAUUCCAGUUUAUUGUAAUCAUACUGUAGCAUUCAUGGCAUAUAAAGGAUAAGAGUUUCGUUAUUAUCCCUAUUCUGACUUCACUGAAACCAGCAUUCAAAGAUAUUUAACGACAUCAUCAACACCAGCGGAGUCAUCAAGUUUAUGCUAUAAGUAAAUAAAAUAAAAAGGCUAAUCUAUUUCCAUACACAUGCUUUGGUGGUAUAGAGCAGAAUUGGUUUGAAUAAUAUUAAAUAAUUUUACGCUUGUUUGACUGCGAGGGAAAAUGGAUAAGAAGUAUUUAGAGUUGCAGAAAGGCACUCACUAAAUAAAAAAUACUGCUAUAAUAUACAGUAUAGUAAGAUAAAGAUAAAUUUAAUGAUUAGGGUAAUUUAACCAGUUUUUUUUUUCAUUCAUUAUUACAUUUAUAUACUUUACUUUGUUUUUUAGUGUAGUGUUGGGCAGUGGUUCUCAUCACCGCCUUCGAGUAUAGACGUAAUGCUCUGUUCACAGGCAGUAAAAAUGUUCAUUAACAGAUGUAAAUUAAGGAGAUUAAAGAGUCUGUCUGUUUGUUUAUUCACCUGAAUAAGAGUUUAUGGAAACAGUUUGGCUGAUUUUUGUCACUUAGAUCUAAGAUAACGUGACGUGUAUAACAUGAUGUAACGGCUAUUGUUAAAUUGUUUGGCCUAUUCAAUCUUUUCCUGGGGUCCUAUUUCUAUAGACUGCAAAUAUUUUCUGUUGAUCAUCUAACCAAAUACUGUUCACGCCCCUCAGCACGCCUGAACUUGUACCAAAGGGUCUUUAACAUCCAGAGGUUUCAAUGUGUCAGACAGGCACUCUACACAAGUAUCCCAUUCUUAUUUAUAAUUAUGUUAAUUGCCAUGAAUUCAUGAUUAUUGCCUUUGUUUUGUGACUACAUGGUGGUAAUACACACAUGGAAACAUGCCCUUCUGUUUAUGCCUGUGAAGCUUGUAUAGUGUAAAUAACUGGUUUUAGUUUAACAAUAAAGAAAUAUAUAUAGUUGUUUCUA